AUGUCGCUCCUAAAUCGGAUAGGCACUUUAUUUGGCCUUUCAAAACCUUCUCCAAUUAGUCCUGGAGCUGUGUUAGCUGCAACUGUUACUAAGCCAGCCUCGUUGGGAUUUGUCCCUGUCGCGGUUCAUUUUCGAUUGUUUGAUAUCCUGGUUAAUCUUGGUGGAUCGGCGACUGCAGAAGAUGUGACUAAGGCUGUUAACGCGGCCCGAUCUGAGAAUGAUCCGGAGAUCUGUACUAGGCUUAUAUCGGAUACUCUUUACAUCAUGUCUGGUCUAGGACUGGUAAACAGAGUUGAUGAGGAGCGAUUUGAUGCUAAUGCUAUCACCCGACAUAUGGUUUCAAUGCCCAGUGCUCAGGAAGGGGCAUUGCAUUUCACAACUGAAGGGAUGAUGGCUGGGGCAUUCCUCAUGAAGAAACUUCAGGAUACUAACUUUGCAUAUCCGUUCGCCGAAGCCAGUGGCCCAUUUCAGUACGCGUAUGAGCUCAUGGGAGAAAAGGAACUGUCAAAGCAGCAUACAUACGCCAUAAUGGAAGCCCACGGACGAAUGGGCAGCUUCAAUGAGUUUAUGGUCGGCAAAUUUCUCAAAUAUGGCACUUUUCCCGAGCGCAUCCAAUCUCUUGGCUAUGAUUUACGCGCUGCACUCAGUGCUCCCGGCUCUGUCGCUAUAGUAGAUAUCGGCGGAGGACGUGGCGAGCUCUUGCUUGAAGUCCAAUCUGCAUUCCCACAUCUUACGGCUGAGAAUCUGGUGGUGCAGGAAUUCAAUACUGAAAUCUGCGAGCUCGAUGGUGUCAGACUCAUGGAGUGGAAUUACAAGACUAGUCCUGCACAGCCUAUCACCGGUGCCCGCAUCUAUUCUCUUCAGCAUAUUCUUCAUAACUUGCCUGAUUUGGAUGCGGUCGCGUUAUUACAGAAACUAUCUAACGCCAUGGCGCCUACUUCGCGCCUCCUUAUUAGUGAGUAUGCGCGGAAUUCGACAUAUACUCACCUCCAUGCAAGUAUGAUUGCUCUUUAUGGAGGAAGGGAGCGCAGUCCCGCGGAGUGGAGACAGUUAGCGUCAGUUUCUGGGUUGGAGGUUGGCUUUGAGGCUUAUGUUGUGGGGGGUGAGUCCCUUGUGGAGAUGCGUAAAGCGGGUCAAAUUGAGGAAUGA